CUCGCUUCCAAAUGCGCCAGCAGAACUGCUUCCACGAAAGUCAGAGGUACCUUUGGAAAUUUUUGCUGAAUGCUGCUGAGGUUGACAAACUCAGUAUCCCUGGGACCGUCCAAGUUUCCAGGGAGGUUGAUUCAAGGCAACAUGUCUGCUUCAGUGAAAGAGUGCUUUCAGCUUCAGCUGCUGGAAAUGGAAAUGCUGUUUUCUAUGUUUCCUAACCAAGGCGAAGUAAAACUUGAAGAUAUAAAUGCCUUGACACAUAUAAAGAAAUACUUGGAAGGCAAAAGGGAGGCCCUGCCACCAAAAAUCGAAUUUGUGAUUACUCUCCAGAUUGAGGAGCCCAAGGUGAAAAUUGAUUUACAAGUAACCAUGCCCCACCACUACCCCUUCUCAGCAUUACAGCUGUUUGGACGGUCAUCAGAGUUUGACAGGCAGCACCAGCUACUUUUCAACCAGAGUCUCACUGCUUAUAUAGGGACUUUGGAUCCAGGUGAGAUCUGUGUGGGUGCAGCAAUCCAGUGGAUACAGGACAAUUGUUCAUCCUAUGUCUUGGACAGAAAGCUUGCUUAUGAACCAUCUGCACAAGCAAAGCCAGUCAAGAACACAUUCCUCCGAAUGUGGAUCUACAGCCACCAUAUAUAUCAGCAAGACCUAAGGAAAAAGAUUUUGGAUAUUGGGCAGAGGUUAGAUGUGACUGGGUUUUGCAUGACAGGAAAGCCUGGUAUAAUCUGUGUAGAGGGCUUCAAGGAGCACUGUGAGGAAUUCUGGCACACAAUUAGGUAUCCCAGCUGGAAACACAUUUCCUGUAAACAUGCUGAAAGUAUUGAAACAGAAGGAAAUGGGGAAGAUCUACGCCUUUUCCAUUCUUUUGAAGAACUACUCCUUGAAGCGCAUGGUUACUAUGGGCUAAGGAAUGACUAUCACAUGAAUCUCGGCCAGUUCUUAGAAUUUCUCAAAAAGCAUAAAAGUGAGCAUGUUUUUCAGAUAUUAUUUGGUAUUGAAAGCAAAAAUUCAGAAAUCUAGGGGGCUACUAAGAAGUCUAUGCUUGUAAAUUCACUAAAUCAGCAUUUGUGUUAAUCACACCAAAAUAAAAGGGCAGGUGGCAGUUUAGCACCCU